UUCUAACACUUUAUUCGUCAGGCAACGUUCUGCCAGUGAACACAACGCACACAGGGUCUGCUUCCGUUCCGCAUCGAAUCGCGCGGGGAAAAUUACGUCGUUGAGAAUUGAGGAAUCUUCUAGUUUUGUUUUAACGCUUGGAUUGGUGUCAAACACAAAUCGAAAAUCCCAAAAUGAAGGUCAAGUUCAACAUUAGUGGAGCAGCAGUGCUACUGCUGGCGACGCUGUCAGCAUCCUUUGCGGCGAAAUUCCCCGCCGGUUACACGCUGUGCCCGAAGAACGAUGAGAAAUGUCUCUUCGAACGGAUUGGUGCCACCUUCGCCAAACAUGCCGCCGGAAUUCCCGAGAUCAGCCUGGUUUCGGUGGAUCCGCUCAAGAUCCAGAAGAUGGACAUCGUGCAGGGUGGCGAUGGACCGAUUAACAUUGUCCUCAACUUUAAGGACGUUGAUCUGACCGGUCUGUCGCAGAGCGUCAUCAAGAAGGCUAGUGGAUUCACCGCCAAUCCAACUAAAAUGGAACUGAGCAUUCAGGCCCCGGUCACUUCCCUGGUUGGUGCAUACAAAAUCAACGGAAAGGUUCUGGUUCUUCCCAUUCAGGGCGAUGGCAGAAGCAAUAUGACCAUGGAAAACAACCACAUCCAGAUGAAGUGGAUCGGCAAGUUGGUAGACCGCAACGGCAAGAAGUACUACCAGAUGGACAAACUGAAGGCCACCUUCGAUACGACCCGGUUCCAUAUGCACUUUACCAACCUGUUCAACGGGGACAAGGCGCUGGGUGACAACAUGAAUGUGUUCCUGAACGAGAACUGGCAGGACAUCCUGAAGGAGCUGAAACCGGCCAUCGUCAAUGCGUUUGUAGAGAUCUUCCAGACGGUGAUAUCGAACGUAUUCAACAAGGUGCCUUACGACGAGCUGUUCCAGUAGGUGGCGUAGUAAGUUUGUAAGUGACCUUGAGUGAUGUACGUUCUGUUUGUGUGUGAGUGUGCGUGUUGAAAACAUGAUGUGUUUAGUU